CUGGAAAUGAAGAGACUCGGCGCGCUCUGCCUCUGCCUCUGGAUCGGCGUCGUCUCGGAAGCAGAUCUGGUUAGUGGCUAUUCUAUGACUCCACCCAUUCUUAGCAUCACAGAAGAGGAAUAUAUUAUCAAUGCUAAGGAGACCUUAAAUAUUACUUGCAGAGGACAACAUCCCUUGGAAUGGUUGUGGCCUGGAAUUCAAGAGGACACUGUCCAAACUGGAAAGGAGAGUGACUCAGCGGUAGUGAGUGUCAACGGCAUCCGAACAGUCAAGGAAGAAGAUUGUGAGGGCACUGAUGCAAAGCCCUAUUGCAAAGUCUUGACACUGACUGGGACUCAGGCUAACGACACGGGUUACUACCGCUGUUACUACAAGUACAUCAAUGCCAAAAUUGAAGGCACCACUGCGGUCAGCACCUAUGUGUUUGUGAGAG